AUGAAGCCUCAGCAGCUCCUGAUCUUCUGUUGUUUCUGCAGCAGCCUCACAGUGACCCAAAGCGUUCAAGGUACUCCACACUCACCCCGACAUGUUGACAUUUUCCUCCGACAUUUGUGGUAAAAGCUUUAAUAAAGCAGCAUUUGUCGUCAGUCCUCUUAGCUCAGGAUCCAACUUUGUUCUUGGUUUGAUGACUUAUUAGAAUGUUUAAGGUCAAAUUUUCUGUCACCAACCACUGAGGGAGGGAAAGUGUUUAAUAAUAGAAGAACUUCAUCACAUUUUACUGCUGACUGGAAGUUGUGCGACUCACUGCCUCUUCAUUUUUAAAAUGUCAAACCCUUUAAGAGUUUCUACAAUGAGAUUAAAAGAUAUGAAACACUCAAGUGUCACUGAAGGUCAAUAAAGACAUUUUAUUUGUGACUUCUUAAAAUUACCGAACACAUGAGGACUAAAAGCAACAAGAUAAAACAAUGACUAGAUAGGCAAAAAAUGAUUGAUAAAUUAAUUAGUGAUUAUAAUCAAUGGCUGCAGAGAGGGAACAGAUGGUUGGGCUCAUCAUUGUACAUGUAAAGUGUGGUUGUUUUUUUUUGUCAUUUUUCAGCAGCUGUGAGGAGAUGUGUGUUGAGUCUUUGUGAUGUCUUUGAUUUGGACCUGGUGACAAAGAGAGAAACAGACUAGGAAGUUUGUUUUCUAACAUGGACUCUAAAGUAGAUUAAUGGCUCGAGUCAAAGUUUUGCUUUAAUCAUUGUUUUUACAAAUGGAGGCUGGUGCAUUUUCCUCACAGAAGGCUGGGACAAAAUCCACAUAAGGUGCAACGACAGAUAUCAGCUAGAGUAGAAUGAAUGCACCUGUGUUUGCUCAGUAUUUUCCUUGUGGAUCCUUAUCUGUUCAUGUUUUUUAAUAUUUAAAGAACCCUGAUGUUUGAAAAAAACGCUUCAGCGUCGGUGUUAGAGUUUGACCGAUAUCAGUUUUGUUUUGGCCGAUAUCUAUACCAAUAUGAGUACAGAGCAGAGCAGCCGAUGCCUGAUAAUCAGAUAUUUAUCGUUAAUAUCAUCUUGAUGUUGGUUCGUUCUUUUUAUUAUUUUUAUUUUUUUUUAUAAAAUACAACAAUUUCAUUAAAAAUAGCUAAAGCAGUUAUUAAAUGCACAUUUUUUAGUUAUGUUACACAUCAUAUAAGAAUACAUACAUACAAAGAAUACAACUGAAACUCUUGUUAUAACUUAUUAUAUCUCUUAUAAAUCUAGUUAAAAAAAACAUUUUUAUAAGUGUGCUUUUAUUGUAUAUGACUUUUAAUUUAGCUCUACUUUUUAUUAAGUCAUAACUCAUUUUAUUUUGUUUUAACUUAUUUAAUUUCUUUUAUUAUUAUUUUUUCACGCAUUUUAAAAUGUUUUUUAACACAGUUGGGGUUGCAUAAUUAAUUGCACUCUGAAUAAUUCCCGUUGACUGACUGAUUUGGAAAUUGUUUUCUUGUCUGCAGCUGUAUGUUCUUCCUCUUUUUCUAUUUCUAUUCUUAUUCUGUUGUCAUGUCGUGAAGCACUUUGUAACUCUGUUUUGAAAAGUGCUAUAUAAAUACAGUUAUUACUUUUUUGAUGAUUUGAAAUGCCAUAAAUAACCCAGAUUAAUCGGUCUGUCUCCGACCACUGGCCAAACUCUGUAAGGAAACCAGCUCCUUACAAACAAUUAAGUGUAAUUUCUCCUGUCUAAUUUAACGUCCACUUGAUCAAGCCCAAGCUCUUUAACGCUCAGCCUCUCCUGCAAUGAUUUCCUCUCAGAUUCUCAGACACUUAAAUGAUUUGUUUUUAAAACUCCUGUUCAACACAAUCAUAAACACAAAGCCGUGGUUCAUGCCAGAGCGUUGUGGAAGCAAAUGGACAGAAUGCAGAUUUGUUUAAAGCUACUUUUCCUUGUUCAAGUGGAGCUAAAACAUGUCAGUGUGCGUGUUUUAAUUGUACCAAUAACAUCCACCCAAAUUUUGAAAAUCCCCCUAAAGUAGAGACUUUCGAGGGGGGGAAUCCCUCUCCCUUUAGAACAAUGAAACUCAGGCUUUGGUCAGUCGGGGUUUUUGACAGAAAAAAGAGUCUCAUACUUCUUUCUUCUUAAAGUUGGACAUCAUUCUGCAGAAAUCCUUGCAGAGGGAAAUGGAAAAACAAACAAAAAAAGCCUCUUUGACAUUGUGAGAUUAAUCACUCCUUCCUCCCUGCUGCAGCUUUAGUCUGUUUAAACACCCAUGUAGAAACAAUUUUGUCCAGUUUUGUCAUAUUUUCCUUGAAUCCGUAUGAGUCUCUCCUCUGUUUCAUGACCAACUGAAAACAUCUAACAUUUCAUCAUCUUCUUCAUUUUUGUUUUUAAACUAACUGAAUGGUUUGAAAUGAUUCUAAAAUGUCAUUCAUUGUGAAAAUUCAAUCAAUAAUAUUUUCUUCCCUCUUUUAGUUGAUGGAUAUUCCUGUGUCAGUGCUUACUGGGACUCUGUGACAUGUGUCCUAAACAUCACUGCUGAUCAUGUGGGACUGAACAACACCAACUACAGUCUGGAAUUCACUGAUCUCAAUGAGUAAAUGCACUUCCUACUGAAUAACAAAAAAAAAGCUAAGAUGAAAAGAAUACACAUUUUAAAGCCUGAAGAUAUUUUAAAGCUUUUAUCUUGUUUUUCUUUUUUAAUCUUCAGACACACCACGGCUUCCUGCCCGCUUGUAUUGAUGGAUGAUAGCUACAGAAGUGUCUGCAAAGUCACGAGUAACGACAAUUUUCUGUCAGAUGAUCAAUAUGCCAUAAAACUCGUUUAUGAAUCUGGCAGCCAUAAUUUAGAGGAAGGAUUCGAACCAUCACAAAACAGUGAGUAAAAUAUGUAUUGUGAUCUGUGCUUAUGUUAAUAAUAGAGUAUAGUGAGCAGGUGGUAAUGCCUCAUGAUUAUUAUUGCAAUAUUUGAAGAAGUUGACUUUAAAACAACAUAAUCAUCAACACUGCCUCAUAAUCGUUUUCAUGCUUUUAUUUUGAUAGUUUUUUCGUCUUGCUUCCUUCCCUGCAUGGUCAAGAUAUGCUUUUAUUUUGAAGUAAUAGAUCUUAAGUAACAGACCUAAAAGAAAACAGUCAAAUCGGAGGUCAGAAAGUGUCAAUGCUCAGUUGAUUGGUAACCUGAAAAGGUGCCAGCUUAAACGUUGUUAUUGGACUCACAAUAAAUCCUGGAGAAUCAGCUUUUUAAAGUGUCGUCUCUGAAAGGACUGCUGCUUUCAGCAUCUAUAGUUGGUUAAAAGACUGAGGCCCAUCUUGAGGACCACUACUGUGAACUCGUGCUGUAACAGCAUGCUUAUUUCUGCCACAAUAUCAAUAUUUUAAUUUUUGCGAAGACAGUUGCCAUUGCAUGGAUUGCAGGACAGGAUGUUGGUCCCUAUCGGAGACAGUUGAGGUCCAGUAGGUCCUCAGGCUGCUCUCACGUCUAAACCCAUAUAGUCGUAAUUUUCCUGGCUCUUUCCUGGUUUUUGCCACAGUGUCAACAGGUUGAGGUUAAAUGUACAUUAUUGGAUUGAUGUGAGUGUGUAAUCAGGUUGGUCCAGGUCCUGUUUCAGUUGUAAAUGAAUCCCCGUUAUUGAGUUUGGAUCAGUGAGAGUUAUGUACUUAACAAAGUCUGUAAUCAUACAGAUUUCAUUAACUUUUUAAUCACAAUGUUUCCAAAGUAAAGUGAGUUUUUAUUGAAGAACAGCUUCACGUGUGUACGGUAAAUAUGAUUUGUCAUGCACUCUUGUUAGUUCAGCCCACGCCCCCAUAUGACGUAGAGGUCAAUCAAAGUGCAGAGGGACUAAACAUCACCUGGAAAAGUCGGUAUGAAGACCACAAAUACCUUGUCCAUGGACUGGACUAUGAGGUCUCACUCCAACCCUCUAAAAUUCGGGUAAGCUGCAGUUACAUGAAUAUGAAUACUGGGGCAGUAUGUUGUGCCAAAAUAAGAUCUGACUAUUUGAGUUUUGUGAUUGUUGUUCUCCCCCUGCAGACUUUACAUUUCAGCAAACUGCAAUCAGCUUCUGUUCCCAGGUUGCAACUCAAAUCAGAUACAAUAUACUGCAUUAAAGUGCGAUCAAUAACCAACAUAGAGGAUUACAAAGGAAUCUGGAGUGAGUGGAGCCCACCAGUGUGCCUGAAAUAUGUAGGCGGAGAUGGUAAGUGUUAAUCAUAAUAUCUGAACAAUAAUCUUGACAAGUACAAAGUAGAUGCAAAAGUCACAUCAGACAUCAAGCUCACUUAAAGUCACGGACGUCCGCCCUGUAGAUCUCUUUUUAUAGCUUUUAUGUAAUGUCUGCUACGCAUGGCUGAAGGAGAAGUCACGAAGAUCUAAAAUAAACCAUUUCCUCUUAUAACUGCUUCUUUUGUUGAAUUUUUUUCACUUGAGUGAAACAAAUCAUUCGAGGCAAUCAGCUAACUAACAGACUUACUGUCAGUGCUCAAGUAUGACUCAGUAAUUCUUCUGCAUUCUUUGAACUUCUCCAGAACAAGACAAUAUAUUACUCAUCUUGAUGAAAUCUCUGGGCCCGACAUGUGUGGCUGUUGCAGUCCUUGUGUUUGUGUUCAACAGUCCUGCAGCAAGGUAAUUCAUCUGUGCUUGUUCAAAGAUUAUUUCAAUGCACUUUAUUUUCUCUGCAUACCUGAGAAGGAGGUGGGUUUGGAUAAUUGUCACCUGUCUUGGUUUGUGCAACAGAAUGAAGAUAAAAACUCUGUCCUACACGCCAUCGCCGGCCCCUUUCUUCAAACCUCUUUAUCAACAACAUGAAGGCAAUCUCCAGGUGAGUGGGAAAUGUCAUCCUAAUAAACUUCUGUCUGAUUGGCUGUGUGGAUGGUGGCGCCGCUUUAAGUCUAUGAUACAGGACUUUAUGGACUCAUAGACUUUUGUGUUUCUUCAUUCGUGUCUUAAGGUCCUUACACACCGGAAACGAUGCAAAUAUAAGGCAAAUUUUGACGCGCCACAUCAAGCACGAUGUGAUUUUGCACCUUUCCAGGGGGAAAAAAGAUGCGUCCCGGGUGGAAGCGAGAAGACUGACACAACAGCAGACCGACUGUUUUCAGUUCUGAUUAGACUCUAGUGUUGAGAUGGCUGUCUGUCAUGAUUGCAUGUACUGAGUCGGGGCCAGUACCAGAUAAAUACAUUAAACUAUAAUCCAUAAACGUAAGAUAACAACCGAGACCUAAUGGUGCUGUGACAGCAACACUAUGAGUGAGUUUGAGUUUACAGUGAAAAUACAUAUGGUAUGUUGUAUCUGAACAGGUUAGCUUACGAGCUAAAGUUACUUAGCACAGAUGAAAGUUAAAACAAAGACGUUUAGCAAAUGGUUAAAGCACACAAACCAUCGUCAUAUGAGAAAUCCGACUCUAUGACUCUCCACAAGUUGUCCUUCAGGUCGUUAUCUUUGUAAUAUUUGUGUUUUUUUUAUCAAAAAUCACUCUGUUCUCCGACACAGAAAAUUUGAUCGUGAUGCGAAAAAAUAAAUGCCGCAAUAUCGCAGGACGGGAAAACGACGCUGAUGUGAGCGCUUGUAUUGACAGGAUACGGGUUCGGAAAAAAAAUAUUGACAUCUGAAUUAUUCGCACGAAAAAAACGCUCUCGGUGUGUAAGGACUUUAAGUUGUGAAUUAUGUGUUUAACUGUGAAAAAAAAAGUCAUGCAACUUUAUCACAUCUAACUCAUCUCGAUGCUGCUGAAUCUGCAGGACUGGCUUUCCCCCAAGGGUAAAUAUCUGCUCACAUACAAACCAGAGGAGAUCCUGACAGCUGAUACUGUGGUUGUUGUGCCAAAACCUACAACCACAAAGGACCCCGAGGAGAACCAGGACCUCCACAACCCUCUAUUAUCCCAACUCAUGUUCACUCAGUGCCAGACCUCUUAUAUUGGCCUACCUGGGACGCAUGAUCCCACCCCGCCUGUAACUAUGGUCUGUCCAGGACAAACCUCUUACACUCAGCUGCCCUGCUCUGUUUGGGGGGUCAGUGUGGGAGAAGUAGAGGUUAUCUCCACCCCUGUGAAAGAUGUGUUAAACAUCAGCCGUGCAGACUCUGGCUGCAGCAUUGAGGACCUGACCCUGAGCUUUGAUUGCAGUUUACCAAACAGUCCUGUUGACGUUGGUCCACCACCGUGUUCCUGUGCUGAUUACUGCAUCCUCAACAAGACAGCAGAUGGGUUUGCUCCUGUUUUAGUUUCCAAAGGAAGCAGCCACAUUGACUCACCAGAUUCACAACAGCAGAAUGAAAACUGA